CUGGAGGGUACGUGUUGCAUCUCCCUGUUAGGCAGCCGGAAGGAGCCCUCUGCUAAUACAAGCAAGACAAGAAAGAUGUUCGGACCCCUAUCCCGAACUCCUAAUGACGGCACCAUGUGACAGGGGGAGGCGCUGCUUGGCUGUGUGCCAGUGGUACGGACCGAUGGGAGGGUGGAAGUCCUAGGCUGGACACAGUGAAAUGAAAGCGGCACCUGGGCACGGAUUUAAACAUUUACUCGUGCCCUCUCAAUCCAUUUACCGGAGUCCAUAACCUGGAGCGGAGAAGGGGCUCAGGCUGCGCGGGCGGGAGCACAGUACAAGGAAAUGGCCUGCAUCCUAAAGAGAGUGCCAAUCGUUGCUGUCAGUUCUGUUACAAUAUUUUUUUUCCUGAUUGUCCUUCGUCUCUUAAAUGAAGCCAGCUUUCUCAAGCUUCUUUCUUGUUUUGGCCAAAAAACCUUCGGAUGUGUUCCAAUGUCUGACAUACAGAGACGACCACUCACAUAUCAUGAUGGCUACAUUAAUGUAAAAACACAUGAGCCUCUGCAACUAGACUGUGGGCUUUGUGCGAUUGUUUCAAAUUCUGGACAGAUGAUUGGGCAGAAAGUUGGUGACGAAAUUGAUCAAUAUUCUUGCAUAUGGAGGAUGAACAACGCCCCCACAAAAGGAUAUACUGAAGAUGUGGGAAAGCGCACUACUGUUCGGGUGGUGUCUCAUACCAGUGUACCCCUUCUGCUCAAAGAUCCAAAAUAUUUCUUUAAAGAGGCCAACAACACCAUCUAUGUUAUAUGGGGUCCCUUCAGAAAUAUGCGGGAUGAUGGGAAAGGAAUUAUCUAUAAUAUGUUAAAGAGAACUGCUGAAAGUUAUAGGAGUGCAAAAAUAUACAUAACAACAGAGUUACGGAUGAAACACUGUGACCAUAUGUUUAAAGAGGAAACUGGAAGAGAUAGAGUCCAAUCUGGCUCCUAUCUCAGCACUGGCUGGUUCACUCUAAUUCUUGCAAUGGAUGCCUGCUACGGAAUUCAUGUGUAUGGAAUGAUAAAUGACACUUAUUGCAAGACCGAUGGCUUUAGAAAAGUCCCUUACCAUUAUUAUGAGCCAGGAAGGUACGAGUGUGAUGAAUAUUUCCUGCAUGAAAAUGCACCAUAUGGAGGUCACAGGUUUAUCACUGAAAAACGAGUAUUUGCUAAGUGGGCAAAGCAACGCAAUAUAACCUUCACGCAUCCCGAGUGGACUCUGUCUUGAUUGUGCUUGCACCAGUGCUUUCAUGUCAGAAAAAGGAAUGGCAAUUAAACAUAAGGGGCCUGGGAAGAAAAUCAAAUCUACUGUAAAACAAAAAUAUAUUACAACAAGAAUCUUUCUUACCACAUGCUGUGUGUACAUUGCACUUUCGUUUUUUAAGGAACAUUAUUUUGAUGAAAAAGACGAAUGGACCAAGUUACACAUAAGAGUAAUACAUGAGAUCAGUGAUUGUUUUAGGUACAAUUAUGUAUGUCUCUUUCUGACCUACAAGACUGUGGUUAGAUUAAUUUCCUGUAUGCCUGCUAAUAACUGAAGGAAAUGUUAUGCACUGUAUAAAGUAAUUACUGGUGCAAAGUUUACCCCAAGUCUAAUAACCUACACCAGCCAAUCAGUCUUAUGGACUUGUGCUUUUUUGCAUUUUGUUUUUGAUCACAAAAAGCUGUUAUUUGCUAUUUCUUGAGUUAAAUAGGGCACACAGAGAAGCUAAAGCUUCAUUGUGUUUGGGUCUUGCAGUUUAGAUAAUUAAUAUGUAAUAUGUAUCGCUAAGGGAAAAAACAACUGCAAUGGGACCAAAAUGGCGAUGCGCGACAAAAAAAAACCCAUUAGUGAUCCCUUUGCAUUUCUUGUGCCAGAAAGUUUGUGACUGAGAAUUUUUUAAUUUGCGAAUGUAACAAAACUAGAAAAAGUAGCGCUCACACAUCUUCAAAAAGGUGUUAAACAUUUACAAUUUAAUAUAUGUUUUGUGAACAGUGCUAAAUAUAAUAGCUGGAAUUUUGGUAAUCUAACGGGGUAUUGUUAUUUUACACAGCACAAGCGCUGUGUAAAAUUACAAUCCCCCGUUAGAUUACCAAUAUUCCAGCUAUUUUCAUUGUUAUAAUACCCAAUAUGUCCUCUUUAAGUCAGAAUUGGCAGUAAGUAACAAGCAAAAAAUUGGGCGAUUAACUGGGUAAUGUAAUAAAAGUCAUGAACAAAUACAGAAAAAAUGUGCAAUGCGAACAAUUUUUCUUUGUAGCUUGUGCCUCUGCACAUUUAAGGCCAUUUAUCAAUGCUCCAGUGGUGGAGUAUUGUCGAGUGAGGUGCAGAGUACAGUGCUAAAUAACAUGCAAGCAGGCAGCACUGUAUUCAUUUGAAAAGUGAAGGCCCUUGCAUUCCCACAUGCUCCCACAGGCACUCAUUUCAUGGAAGGUCAUGCCUGUUUGCCUGUUUUUAGCACUUUGCACAUUUCACUCUUACCCAACAUUUGUAAAUGAUCCCUAGAUCAAAAAUAUAUUUUGAAAUAAUGAGCUUUGUGCAGUCAGGGUCGGACUGGGCCUGCGCAACAUGGGAAAAAAAUCCGGUGGCCCCCACCCACCCAGACCCGAUCCCUGCUGGCACCCCCCCACUGACCUCCCUACUCCGAAUUUGCCUAGUUAAGUAUGAGAUAUGCACACUCAGGGGGAGGGGCAGGUGUGUGGGCAGCGGGGGCUCUUGAGGAGUGUGGGGGCCCUGGGGUGGCAGCCCUAGUGGGCCCUAUGUGCAGUUAAAAUUUGCUAUUUAAUACAGUUUGAAAUGUGUUUUUAGAUCUGUGACGUUUUCAGCAGUUCAUGACAUUUAUUACACCCCCAGUAGUGUAUUUCAUAUUAUUGUCUCUUUCUUCUUCUAUAAAAUUCAUCUUUUGCUUUAAAAAAAAAAAAAAAAAAUCUGAACCACAAGCAAUGCUAUGUAAUAAAGCUCUUCCGAUCAACAACUGAUUUUCAACCUGUGGCCACUUUACAUAUAAAUCAGAUCUUCAUACUGUCUGCUGAGUGCAAUAAAUUCAUUAGAUGCACAAUAAUAUUAUCCUGAAUGUGAAGCUCAUGCCAGACUGCGGCACUGUAAGAACAAAACUCUGUAACUCAUUACUGUGAGAAAUACGCCUUGAAUGUCAGCACUGCUAAGCCGAGUGCAGUGGAGGAAUACUUGACAAAAUAUGCUUUAAAGCUGUAGAUUCCCUUCUGCCUAGACUUCAGACCAAGGUUGUUUAUAUGUUGUUUUUUUUAUAAAGCAUGGAAAAAUCUAAACAAUAUUUUUAUAUUUAUAUAUAUUUUUAUGCCAGUGGUUAUUAUAAUGAGCAUUUUAUACAUACCGGUAUGUACUUCAUAUACAGAAUACCUCUCUAUAUAGCUAGUAUGUAAUGUUGUGGGAUUAUAUGUAUUUGUGUCUUAAAUAUGUAAACUAUUGUUACAGGGCUGUACUUUAUACUGUAUGUUUUAUGCCAAAUCAUUUUUUAGGUUUAUGCAUCAAUGAAAUGUUAUUCUCAAAUCACUUUCCCUGUGUAUGUAUGCCAUGUAGGACUUAUAACAAGUAAUGGUAUAGUAGGGUGUGAUACUGUAGGUUUGCCCCCUCCCUCACAACUUAAAGCCAGAUAAAUACAUUAUAUAUAUAUAUAUGUGUUUGAUGGUGUAAAGGUACUUUGGAUAGAUUUUAUUCAGGCUUUAUCUGACUCAUAGGAUCUUGCCAUGCAGCAGUAUAAGAUUUUGAGGGAUUCUACUAAAUCUGAUGCUCCAUGCUAUAAAAUCUGAUUAUUUAAAAUCAGGAGGUUUCUGGUUUUUAUGCUUUUAUAUCCAACAGUCGUUGUAUUUCAUAGAGAAACAAAUGUCUGUCAGACUUCAUAUUGUUGGAUGAAAACACAGCAUGAAGCGUUCCCUUCUCAAAGUCACAUUUUGUCGCUUGGCAAAUCUUUAUUGAAAACUACAGAUCCAGUUUAAUAUCAGUGAAAUGAUUUUUAGCUGUGUGCAACUACAUGUGACUUGACUGAUUCGAAUUGUCCAUUAGACCACAACCAACAGAAUCUCCCAAGUACUUCUAAUCUUAUAGAUUGUUUCACCUCAACUGACUGAAACAUGAUGUUUGCCAUUUCUGUAAGAUAGUUUGAACACAAAGGAUUGCAGAUUGCUAAAAGUUACUAGUGUAAUACAUUACUAGGUGAUGUGCCACUUUAUAGCAGUAUUAAACAAAGGUAUCUUUUCUCACAGAGCUGCAAAAGAAUAACGUUUUACAGAGAAGACAAAAGGCUUUAUCCACAGAAUGCAGAACUAUGUGGGCAGGACAUAGAGCAUACCCUAGAAAUUUCAGACCCAUCAUGUGAAAAUGAAAGAGCUGAACAACUUAAUUUAAAACCUAAGAAUGUAGCUCCAUAAAGAGGCAUGUUUCAUACAAAAUGAUAAUUGCUGAAAAACAACAGCUUAGAAAGCCUUUAUUCACAAUGCUAAUAAAUUGUAUUGCAUGGUCUACAAUACCUUCAAAAGCAUUACAUAGUACAUUCUGCCCCUAGUCAAUGGCAGGGGGUGUCCAUAGUGCAGCUUUCUAUUUGCUGUCAGGGGCAUCACUGGCAUGAAAUGAGUUACGAAGCAUGCCAAGGACCUGAGAUUCUGUUUUUUAAAAAGUGCUAUGUGCCCCACACUCAUUGCUCUUAAUCAGGGGGGAGCAAGAGGGCAUCAUCGGCUAGGCACUAUAACCUCCAGUGUGGACAGAAGCUUGGUAUAGGAAUAGAAUUUCAUAAGGCUGUUGUAUCUUAGGGGAUUGUACAGGAAAGAUGCUUCUUCAUGCACACACAAAACGUCCAUUCCUUCACAUUAAUCUUAUUAAUUUAAUAUUAUUUAGGAACAGAAUAAUCUAUUUUUUUCAUGACAAUCCAUGUUCUUACACUAUCAUACACAUAUAUAAGCAGAAUAUGUUUACUUGAAAUAAAAUUGUUUUGUUUUUUGAUAUGUGAAACUUGUAUGCUUUUUAAAAUUGUAUGUGUUGGGUAUGUGUUAAGUAUAUGAUAUGUGUUGGGUAUAUAAACAUUUAGAAUGUGAGAGUGGGGUGACAUGUUGCUACGUAAAAUACAGCAAUGUUUCUAGGCAAAGUCGGAACACAAAUAAAAUUUCCUGUUCUACUCUCA